AUGGUAACUGGACCUCCGCACCCCUUCGACCCAAUCUCCCCGGAGGAAAUUAGGCUUGCUGUGCGCAUCCUCGAGGCUACAUUCCCAGGGGUUCCGCUGCGCUAUAAGCGUAUUGACGUCAAUGAGCCAAUUAAGAAGGAUGUAUUGCCAUACAUAGAGGCUGAGCGUCUCCGACGGCCCCUUCCCUCGCCGCCAGCACGCCUGCUCUAUGUCCUCUUUCACCGUCUUGAUACUGGCGCAUUCUACAAGGCCAUUUUGAAUGCCGACAAGCGAAGUAUUGUAUAUGCCAAGGAGCUUCCUCGAGAAGUUCAGGGACCUAUCGACCCUGAUGAAAUCGCCGAAAUUGAAGCGCUGUGCAUGAGGCAUCCGGCUGUUCUCGCUGAAAUUGAGAAAAUGCAGCUACCUGCGGGCGUGACUGUUUGCAAUGAUCCGUGGAUGUACGGUACUGACAAAGAGGAUGAGACCCGGCUACUCUUCCAAUGCUUUAUGUAUUUGGUCGAGGUAGAUCAUCCUCAAAGCAAUCAUUAUUCCCUACCUUGCAAAUUCUCUCCAGUAUUCGACGGCCAUACUCACGAACUGGUUCGCAUGGAUUAUUUACCCGGUGGGGCUGACCAUGCAUUCACUGAUACUCAGCCUUGGAAGCCUGUAAAGGCAAUUCAAUAUGCGCAUGAUCUCUUGGAUGAGCCAUUGAGAACUGAUUUAAAACCUUAUAUUGUUCAACAGCCCGAGGGCCCCUCCUAUGCUACGGAAGGGAACUCGGUUUAUUGGCAGAAAUGGCGAUUCAGAGUUGGCUUCAACAUUCGGGAAGGCCUUGUUGUCUAUAAUGUCACAUAUGACAAUCGCAAUGUCUUCUACCGUCUGUCUGUCUCAGAAAUGACGGUUCCUUAUGGAGAUCCUCGCGCUCCGUACCAUCGUAAGCAAGCGUUUGACGUGGGCGACACUGGCUUUGGCAUGAAUGCCAACCAGCUCACUCUCGGAUGCGACUGCCUGGGACAUAUUAAAUAUUUUGAUGGCUACCGUAAUGAUUGCAAAGGCAACCCAGUGCCUAUGAAGAACGUCGUUUGCAUGCACGAACAAGAUAACGGCUUGCAGCAUAAGCACACCAACUAUCGAUCUGGCGCUGCGACAGUGGUUCGCAAUCGUCAAUUAGUUCUGCAAAUGAUCUGCACUGUUGCCAACUAUGAGUAUAUUUUCGCCUAUAUCUUCGACCAGGCUGGUAAUGUGGAAUUGGAAGUCCGCGCCACUGGUAUCCUUUCCACCGUCCCAUUCGACAACGAGAAUGGCCAGACGGUGCCCUGGGGCACGAAUGUUGGGCCCGGUGUGAUGGCUCCAUUCCAUCAACACAUGUUCUCCUUCCGAAUUGACCCUGCCAUUGAUGGAUUCAAAAACACUGUUUAUUAUGAAGAUAGUGUGCCGAUGCCGGAGGAUGAGAAUAAUCCCUGGCUGGUCGGUUACACGUCCAAAGCUACUGUUCUGAAAACCUCUGGUUCGGCGAACACGAGUGUCGAUCGUCAUCGUGUUUUCAAGAUCCGCAACGAUAAUAUUCAGAAUCCCGUCAGUUACAAGCCUGUAGCCUACAAACUGAUGGCUGUUCCAAGCCAAAUGCUACUGGUCAAUAAGAAUUCCCUUGGCUAUCGUCGUGCCGAAUUUGCCACAAAGCCGAUCUGGGUCACCAAGUAUCAAGAUGACGAGCUCUACGCUGCAGGCGAGUUCACGAACCAAAGCCGUCGGGCAGAGGGCGUUGAGACCUGGAUCCAACGCAAGGAUAACACUGAAAACGAAGAUGUUGUUCUUUGGCACACAUUCGGAUUGACCCACAACCCCCGUGUCGAGGAUUUCCCGGUCAUGCCGAUGGAACGUGUCAGCGUUAUGCUGAAACCUGACGGGUUCUUUACCAAGAACCCUGCCUUGGAUGUUCCCCAAUCCGCGCAGUCUUUUAACAAGUCCACUCUCCACCCGGAGGCCACUCAAGGUGAAUCCUGCUGUUCCGGAUCUGCUUCUGCCGGGGCUGGCAAGGCCAAGCUUUACAAGCGAAUGGAUUAA